UUCCGGUAUUCGUGAUAUUAAACCUGCGAGGGUGUCCCCGGAGUGUGACUUUUGACACUCCUCUAAGCAUGGAAAACACACUUCAGUGCAGCAGCUUUACUUCUAAGUAAAGUUCAUACAAGUUAAUCUUCCUAUUAUGGAUUCCUCUACUAACAGUUUGGACGACGCAUCGGCAGAUGGCAGCGCCGACUUCGCGGAUCGAGCUUCCAUGAUGGAGGUGCGUCUGCAGGCACAGGAGGACGAGAUCACGCUGCUCAAGUCCUCGCUGGCUGACGCCCUGCGCAAGAUCCGCCUCCAUGAUCAGCUUCUACCGUUACUGAAACAGCAGCUCAUCGCACUGAACCCAAGUGCUGCUGCGGUGCUGAACAAAGUGCGUUGCACUGAUGGUUGCACAGGCAGCACAAGACGUUCCUCCAGCUCAGCCGCUGAGGGAAUCCGCCCCCCUGCUACCAGCCAACUGUCAGACAGCAUUGUGACCAAUGCCAAUGGCCACAUAGAAAGCCCAGUGUCCAUGACGCCAAGACCCGGACCCGCGACACAGGACAGGUCAACCCAGACAGAGCCCGCCCUCCCAGGGCAGGACACUGGGCAGAAAAGGGUCCCUCUCCCCAGGCGUGUCCAGAGCCUGCAACUCGAGGACGCCCUCGCUCUGGGGAAGCCUUUGGUUGAUGGGACGCGGGACAAGCUGCACCGUGUCCCUGGCUGGGAAGAGGAAGAUGAGGAGGAAGAAGAAACAGGAGGAGGGGAACCGGAAAAGGAGCUGAGUUGGACGUCGUCUGUGGAGGAGCCUAUUCAGCCCACAUUGAUCAAAGGCCUCCAGAAGGAGGCCCACCAGGACAGGAGCUGCUCCCCAGAGGAACUGGGCUCACCCUCGGCAUCGCUCAGAACCUCAGACUCCAACCUCAGCUCCCGCUCUGGCCCCAUGUCCCCCAUCCAGGAAGGAGAGAAGAAACCGCUGGUUCGUAGGAACAGCGAGAAACUGGGGAACCCGGAGAAGCAAAAGAAACGUCUGGACAAGAAGGCGGCGUCCUCGGCCAACCUACUCAGCCGCUCCCCGAGCCUGGAUAACCGAGCGAAGGAGCUGGUCAGCGGUGCAGGAUCCCUCGGAUCCAGAAGAGGAACCUACAGCCAAGAACAGUCAAUCAAAAUGUUCAUCCGAGGCCGGCCAAUAACCAUGUACAUCCCCUCCAACAUCCAGAACUAUGAAGACCUCAAGAUGGAGCCCCCCUCUGAGAGACUGGAGUUAGACUGGGUCUAUGGUUACAGGGGCCGGGACUGCCGGGCCAACCUGUACUUCCUUCCAUCGGGCGAGGCAGUGUUCUUCAUCGCCUGCGUGGUGGUGCUUUACCACAUCAACAACCGCACUCAACGCCACUAUGACAAGCACACUGAUUGCGUCCGCUGUCUGACGCUCCAUCCUGACAAGGUGCGCAUGGCGUCUGGCCAGACAGCAGGUGUGGAUAAAGACGGCAAGCCCCUGCAUCCUUGUGUUUACAUUUGGGACUCCACCACCCUGGUCACCCUCCAGCAGAUCGGCCUGGGAGCCUUCCAGAGGGGAGUUGGAUGCGUUGCGUUUUCCGUUGCUGACUCUGGAGCGUUCUUGUGUGUGAUCGACGACUCUAAUGAACACAUGCUGUCGGUUUGGGAGUGCAACAACUGGACCAGGCACGCAGAGGUCAAGAGCACCAACGAGGCGGUGUUCUGCGUGGAGUUCAACUCCAGCGACAGCACCAACAUCAUCACCUGUGGCAAGUCCCACGUCUACUUCUGGACGCUGAUUGCGGGACAGUUCACCAAGAAGCAAGGCAUCUUUGGGAAAUACAAGAAGCCCAAGUUCAUCCAGUGCUUUGUGUUCAGUCUGACCGGCGACGUUCUUACCGGAGACUCUGAGGGAAACAUCCUUACGUGGGGCAAAUCAGCUGCAGAUGUCAAAACGCUCGGUAAAGGAGCCAAAGAGACCUUUCAGAUCAUGCGACAGACACGAGCCCACGAAGGCAGCGUGUUCACCCUGUGCACCCUGCAGGGAGGCACUGUGCUCAGCGGAGGAGGGAAGGACCGCAAGAUCAUCCGCUGGAGCGCCGAUCUGGCACCCGAGAGAGAGUGUGAGAUUCCAGAAAAUUAUGGAGCAGUCCGUACCAUCGCAGAUGUGGAUGGAGAGGAGCUACUAGUUGGUACAACCCGUAACGCCAUCCUGAGAGGUACCUUCUCGGAUGGAUUUGUGGCCAUAGUACAGGGUCACAUGGAUGAGAUGUGGGGGCUUGCCACACACCCCUCUCAGAACAUCUUCAUCACCUGCGGCCAUGACAGGCAGGUGUGCUUGUGGAACACAGAGGAACACAAGCUGGACUGGUGCAUUACAGUGGAGGAGUACGGCUUGUGUGCUGACUUCUGCCCCAAUGGAUCCGUGGUUUCAGUCGGCCUGAGCACAGGAAGGUGGAUGGUUCUUGACCUGCUGACCAGAGAGGUGGUUUGUGAGUCCAUUGAUGGGAACGAGCAGCUGUCGGUCAUGAGAUACUCACCAGACGGCAGCUUCUUAGCUGUUGGAUCCCAUGACAACUUUAUCUACAUCUACAAUGUGACCGAGAGCGGCCGGCGUUACACUCGCUUUGGGAAAUGUAACGGCCACUCCAGCUUCAUAACUCACCUGGAUUGGUCCAAAGAUGGAAAGUACAUCAUGUCCAAUUCGGGCGACUAUGAGAUCCUUUACUGGGACAUAGCAGCAGGGUGUAAACUGCUGAGGAAUCGCUUUGAGAGUAAAGACAGGGAAUGGGCCUCUUAUACGUGUGUGCUGGGCUUCCACGUCAUGGGUGUGUGGUUGGAGGGCUCUGAUGGCACGGACAUCAACGCGCUGUGUCGCUCCCACAGUGAAAGGAUGGUGGCCGUGGCUGACGACUUCUGUAAAGUCCACCUCUUCCAGUACCCCUGUCCCAAGCUCAAGGCGCCGAGCCACAAGUACGAGGGCCACGGCAGCCACGUCACCAACGUCUGCUUCACCCACAGCGACUCCCACCUCCUCUCCAUGGGCGGAAAGGACACCUGCAUCAUCCAGUGGAGGGUGAUCAGAGGCGGGGCUGGCGACAGCAGGGAGAAGCCGCCCUCGGCCUCGCCCACCUCCACCAGCUCCCCGGAGCCCGCCACCAUCUAGGAGGGACGUUGCGUUAUAAACAAAGAGAGGUGUGGGGGUGGGGGGGGCGGGCGCGUCAGUCGGUGGACUGCAGCCACAGUUAUGGGCUUUGCAUGCCACGGCUGCCUUAGUUUCAUACGGAUUGUAUAGAGGGAUCAUCUCCGAGAGGAAGGUCCUCUCAUAGUCAUGUGAAAGUGGACUGUGUGGUUCCUCCAUCGCUCUGUUGACACGUGGUGAGGUCAUGUGGUGUGCUUGUCUGUGACAAGACCUCUAUGGUGACAGGCUUUGGUUUCAGUGAACAUUCCUGUGUUUUAGUCCACCUUGUUUACCAAAGUGCUGCAUCGCGGCCUUUAAAGACGUGUACAUAAUGUUUUUACUAUGUUUUUACUACUUAUGUUUUUGUUUGGCUGACAUCUCAGCUUGCAUCAGACAAACUGUGACAAACAUUUUCCAAUGAAAUUCUCAGCAUCUUUGACUAAUUAAUUCCUCCAACAGCAGAUUAAUACACUUUAUAAUAAUUACUUUAGUGUUAUAUUUGUAAGACAACAUUUGGCGAUGCAAUCAAUAAAUAAUUGAAGACUGGAAAUUGUGUUGAGUAUCGAUUGCCACUAGGGGGCAGUGCUACUUCAGUUAUGUGUUCUGAUCCCGAGUCCUGAAGGAGACGAGGAGACGAGGACACAAGGAUCGUUCUACCAGGGAAACUCGCUACAAAGUUCUAGUUAAAUGUAUGUUAUACAACUGGAUUAUUAUUACUGAUACAUUAACACGAAAACUCCUUUCAAUACCGUUUCUGAUAGAGGUUUAUUCAGGUGUAUAUUUAGGAUCUGAAAAGAAGUUAAACUUUUGCUGAAAUUAAAUUUGCUAUAAGCAAAGAGUAACUCAUUUGAUAUGCUAGCAACGGUUUUAAAAAUCUCUUUCAAAAUGCGCUAUUAAGUGAAAAUGUCACAGUUUUGUUUUUGAUGUACACCGUUUUCCUUCAGAAGUUCUGUAUAACACAUUUUCAUGUGGGACUUUGAUUUGGAUUAGUUUGAGUAUUUUAGUCAAUUAAGCUUAAAAUUGGUUCUUCCUUUCUCUAAUUAUUUUUUUAAAUGGAAGCGGCUUGUAAAGGAAAACAUCCUCCACUUCAAGUCUACUUGUGAGAGAUAUUAUUUCUUAUUUGCCAGACGGAAAGCUAAAGAGGGGUACACUUAUCACCAAAUCUGUGAAUGACUUCAGUCAGCUUUAUUUAGACUGCUUGGAGACGGAAGAGGAAUGCUGAGUUGCCUGACCAAUUAUGGAGUUCUGGCUUUCCUCCAUUCAUAUUUGUUGGAUAAACAGACAUGGGUUAUUUUUCUAUGAGUCAUGUUGGUAAAUCAUUGCAUUUAUUUUGGAAAUGUCCACUAACUUUACCAUGGGACUCGUGAGGUGUGGCUUUGCCUGCACGAGAAAUGUCCCUCUCAAAGAUUUGGUCCACAUUCCCAUUGCACUCAGAGAAUCAAUCUUAAUGGUUAUACACAUGGAGAAACUGCAUGACUUAAAGUUGUCCAAAUGAAUGGGACUAAUCCUUAAGUUCCCAUUUUCCAAUAUCAAUAUUUUUUUUUGCAAACUGCUGAUCUAUUUAUGAUGGGUUCUAUUUAGUAAACAAACAUGGUUGAUCUGUAUUGCUGUACCUUUGUGUUAUACGGUCAGAUAUUAAAUUGUGGUAGUGUGAUACUAAGCCCAAGACAUGUGAGACAAAGUGAGGCUUUGUGAUUUCAUUCGUCAAAAUAAUGAGAACACAACUCAAACCUUUACUAAAACUGAAAGUAAACAUUGUUAUUUUCUGUAAGGAACAAACCAGUAAACAAAAGACAAAACAGAAAAGGUAAUAGUCAGCCAAACUUAACAGUACAACAAAAAUCAAUUCAACAUUGAUUACAGACUAUUAGCGGGCAAAGGCUUGGGCUUGUCACCUACAACACACAACCUACGAACCAUCAAAAAGACAUUAGCUAAACACCAAACCAUUCCGCCAUGAUUGCACACUUUCAAUAGUAAUUGUAAAACUGACUUGACUUUAAAGACUUUGCUGAAACCCUCAGUAAUAAUAUUGAUAUAGUCAGAUUACAGCCAUGAGAUGGGAAAAUGUUUUUUUGCUGACCAAAGUAACUUACGUUUAUCACUACCACAAUUUCACUUACCGAUUCAUGAUUUAAAAUAAA